GGAGUGGUAGGUGAUCACAGUUGGUCAAUUAUAUACAAAACAGGGCAGGCAGUGAGCAGUCGCUGCUAUUCGUUGAACUUAAUCUCUCUCUAUCUCUCUCUCAGUCCAUCUCUCUCUCUCUCGAAGGGGUUCCCUGAGAUCACAUAUAACAAUGGCGAAGGGUGUUGCAGUUCUUAGCAGCAGUGCUGGAGUCAGUGGCACCAUUUACUUCACUCAGGAAGGAGAUGGUCCGACUACAGUUACUGGAAACGUUUCUGGUCUUGCACCCGGACCUCAUGGUUUCCAUGUCCAUGCACUUGGUGAUACAACAAACGGAUGCAUGUCAACUGGACCCCACUACAACCCUGCUGGUAAAGAGCAUGGAGCCCCUGAAGAUGAGAACCGUCAUGCUGGUGACCUUGGGAAUGUGACAGUUGGUGAAGAUGGUACUGCCAGUUUCACCAUUGUUGACAAGCAGAUUCCUCUUACUGGAUCAGGCUCCAUCAUUGGAAGGGCAGUUGUCGUCCAUGCUGACCCCGAUGACUUGGGAAAGGGUGGUCAUGAACUCAGCAAAAGCACUGGAAAUGCUGGUGGAAGGGUUGCCUGCGGUAUAAUUGGUCUGCAAGGUUGAUUUUACUUGCUGCUCUUGGUUUCAUUCUGGCGGAAUCCGGAUACCUUUCUUUAUAUAAGUUACAAACACUUGACAUCUUGCUACUACGCUAUUUUUAAAUAAAAGGAUUGUGGGACUGAUUAGCAAUGAUUUGUAACUUGGUUGCAGUUAGUUCAUUCUCACUGCUAAACAUGAAUUUGCCAUCCUUCAACAGUUCUCUAUUAUGACUUGUGAUAUCA